AUGUAUCGAGAGAUUCAGGCGCAGCUCGAUCGCCUGGUUCCGAUCCAAAAGGUCUCCGACCUUGGGGGGGGGGGGGGGUAUGGGCGAGUGGUUGUGAGGCCCCUACUCGAUCGCGAGUCGCGCUCAUCAAAGUCGUCGCCCACCGGCGUGAAGCGUGUCGAAUUCGCUGUCGAAUCGCUGAUGUUCCGUGCCCUGUUGUCACAGCGGAUCGUUCGUUUGUAUUCGAAUUGGCCGGUAAGGCGGCAAGAUCGCGCCUUCUCCGGCUGA